AUGGCAGCGGGAUGGCAUAACCUGCUUUCUAAAUCCCGCUAUUUUUGUUUAUACUGUGUGACAGCUGUCGUAGUUGUCUUUUGUAGCCUCUUUAUGUCUGAAAAACACCUGAAAGGACCAAAUGGUCACAUUCCCCCCACUUUUUCGCUUUUUUAAUAAUGUCUCGGAAGAUAAACCUCCUCGGACUAGCUUAGCAUGCUAGCCGUUAGACAGCACAGCGUUAGCCUCAGUGACAGUUUGAUGAGAGCUGUUUGACGUGUUUGUCGGAGUUUGUGUGAAAAAAAAAAAGUCUUUGUAAUUGUGUGAAAAUGUCUCAGGUCCAAAUAUUGAGAGUUUUUGUGAACCAGAGACUGACUGCGGCUGCUGAAGAGAUUUUUGAGCUGUUUGAAAGAUCGAUAGCAGAGUACGAGGAACAACUCAGUCGAUCUAAAGAGGAAAACGAGCGACAACAGAAACUACUGGAUUCUGUUUUGAGCCCUCAGCUCCGCAUACAAAAAUCAGCAUGCACUGCAGAUAUCCAGCAGCUGUUGGUGAGCAGAAAGCAAGCCCCAGUGCAACAGGCGUGGAGCCUCUGUCUGGACCAGGAGGACACCGAGCCCCCACUCAUUAAAGAGGAAGAUGGGCAAGGGGAGGUUUACACCCCCAAGUUCACUUUCAGUCCUGUCUCUCUCAAGAGUGAAGAUGAUGAGGAGAAUCAUCAGUCCUCCCAGUUUCAUCAAUUUCCAACCAGACAGAUGGAAACAGGAGCUGAUUGGGAAGUUUUUGGACCAGAACAAACCAGGAACUUAAAUCAAGGGGGACAUUUACAACCAGUGAUUGCAGUCAAGACUGAAGAUUCCUCUGAACUUGUUGCUGAGGUUAGUGACAAUAACGCGAAGGAGAUCAGUAAACAUCAGUCAGGCUUAAACUCGAAUGAUAUUAAUAAAAUACCAGUAAAACCAAAGUCCCUUGGCACUGGUAGUCUUGAAAAACCAUUUGUUUGUGGUGUGUGCGGUAAAAGAAUGGGUUACAGUGGUCAUCUAACCACUCAUAUGAGGACUCACACAGGGGAGAAACCAUUCAGUUGUUCCAUUUGUGCUAAACGGUUUACACAGAAGUGUAGUCUGACACAACACAUGGUCCUGCACACAGGGGAGAAACCCUUCAGCUGCACUGUCUGUAACCAAAGAUUCUCUUGGCGCUCACAAAUAAGAAGGCAUGAGUGUAUUGCAGAUCGUGCUUCAGAGCUGCUUCAAAGCCAAACAGAGGAGCAAAGAGAGGCAGAAACAGAAGCUGGUGAAGAGGAGAGCAAAGGAACGGGCCAAGCUUGGAACUCAGAUCCAAACAGCCAUUUACAACCAGAGAUUGAGGUCAAGAUUGAAGACUCCUCUGAAUCUGAGAGUGAUGACAGAGAUGAAGACUGGAAGGAGACUAAAGAAGAUCAGUCAAAUGUGUACUCUCCGGAUAAUAAAGUGUCAGUAAGUUAUAGGUCACAUAAAACUGUCAAAAAACCAUUCAGCUGCCCAGAGUGUGAUAAAAGAUUUACAUGCCAGAAGAAUUUGAAGAAACACAUGAGGUCCCACACAGGAGAGAAACGUUAUCACUGUUCAGUGUGCAAUAAAAGAUUUUCUCACAAGGAAACCUUGGUUCGCCACAGUAAGUUUCAUUCAGGAGAAAAACCAUACAGCUGCUCCGUUUGUAGCAAAGACUUCUCUCGCAAGGAAAACUUUGCCCGGCACAUGAGAUUCCAUUCAGGAGAAAAACCUUUCAGCUGCUCCUUUUGUAAUAAACAUUUCACUCGACAAGACCACGCUGUGACACACAUGAGAACUCACACAGGAGAGAAACCUUACAGCUGCUCUGAGUGUGGUAAAAAAAUGAGCUGCAGAACAAGUCUGAGAGUGCAUAUGAGGAUUCACACAGGAGAGAGACCUUUCAGCUGCUCAUUCUGCUGUAAAAGAUUUACACAGAGGGGAAGUCUGACAGAACACAUGGCCCUGCAUACAGGAGACAAGUCCUUCGACUGCUCCGAGUGUGGUAAGAGGAUCAGCAGUAAGUCGAGUCUGAAGGUGCACAUGAGGCUUCACACAGGAGAGAGACCUUUCAGCUGCUCGGUGUGUGGGAAAGAUUUCACACAGAAGGGCAACUUGGCAGAGCACAUGGCUGUGCACAAUGGAGAGAAACUAUUUAGCUGCAACGUCUGUGACAAACAGUUUUCCAAGAAGUCACAACUUAAAGGUCACAAGUGUGUUUCAGACAGCAGUGAGUCUGAUUCAGCUGAAACUAUCAGCAACGAUAAAAAUCAGGCGCAAUCAAGUGUUGAGCAACCCUGUUUGAAACAGAAACAUCAAUGAAAGAUGCUUCUACAACCACCAUUUAAAAGAUUUAACGUCUGCUCAUGAUGCAAUCUUUUAAACGGUGGUUGUAGACUUCUGAAUUUUUAGGUUUUUAGGUUUAGUUAGUUCCUUGAAAGUUGUGAAAUUUUUAUUUCAUGAACUAUUAAUUUAUGUCAUUAAGCAUGAGCUAUAUAAUUUAACAAUUUCAAUACAAAACAUGAAAGUGAUUAGCUGCACAUAGUGUUAUUAGCUGUUACUAAUUUCCAGCUUUUUCCCUAGCUGGGCCGUGUACUUACAGUUUGAAAACAUAAACAAUAUUUAAUACAAAAAAUCCACUAAACACCACAUAUUAAGAGUAUAAUGGUUUGCAGAGGUCAAGCUUUUGUUUGCUCCUCGUUUUGAUAUUCAGUACAAGUUUGGAUCAACAGAAGAAACAUAAAGUCUAAGGUGCAAGUCUUCAGUCUUGUGUUGUUAAGAUGUUGCUGUGAUAGUUAGUAUAGCCUGUAUUUUACUAAACAUUAAAAUAAAACCAGAAGAAAACAAAAUGAUGCACAAAAAAAGGGAGCAAUGCAGUAUGUUAAUGAUAAAUGUGGUGUGCAGUCACAUAGAUUUAAGUUCUAUGCAUCUGUUGUUAGUGAACAGUGGGUGCAGCAGUUAUUGAUGCUCAGUCACAGCUUAUGCACGCCUAGAUGGGUUUAUCUGCUCACACGAUGAGAUUGAAUCGGGCUGGAGCACUUUCUCAACACCUGAAGUAAAGUUCCUCUUCUCUUUCAUAUGCACUGCCUUUACAGUCUGAUAGCUUCAGUGAAACCCUCUCUGCUUUUUAAAAAUAGUGAGAAUAAGUGGACAUCUGCUUUGUUUUACCUAGCUCAGACAAUUGACUCCUUUAGAUGAUGCUAUCAGACAAUUAUUAGUAUAUUUGAUAUAUUUCCAGUAACAUACUAAACUGACAAGCAGAAGUUUCCCCACACAACUGAUUAAAAGACGGAGAUGAUUUCAUGUCAAAUCCUGACUAAAAUGAGAACCUUUUUUUAUGACAAUGAUGACAUCAAAACUAGAGAAAUAGAUCUUUGGUGAAAAAAAAAUGUAGUUUUCACCAGACAUUCAAAAUCCAUGAUGUUUCUCCAUAUUGGUUAAAUCCAUCACAACACAUCAUGGCUUUACUGUAGCUGUUCCACCUCUCAGUCUAAAAAAGCAGAGAUCCCAGGUUUGGCUGGGUAAAUAGAACACAGAGGUAUGAUUUACUUACAGUUCUGACUGUAAGCGAAUCAUUUUUUAUUGUUUGUUUUCUUCCACUAAUACCAUUAAGAGUUGAAAUAACUAAAUUGUGAUAAAACUAAUGAACAUUUUAUCCUGAAGGCCAAGAGUAAAUUUUUAAAAAGCUGAUCAGUGUUUUAAGAAUCUGGUGUGUCCUCUAUAACUCCACUGUGUCACCUUACUACGGUAUAGCACUCUUCUGCGGUUUCUUUUCUCUACUUGUACUUUGUUUGUUGUUCAGUAGUGGUUAGCAAACUGCUAAAGCAUUUCUGCCCACUAGGUUAGGGUGUGAAUUCUGCUGAGUGUGAUUGCCUUUUAUCAUACAGUUAGAGACAUUUAUCUUAUCAGUGCAUGCACCUCACCUACAUGUCUAAACCAAGACUUAACAGUAUGACUAUAUAUAACAUUACACCUAGUUUUAUAUGUGUUAAGAUACUGCAAAAUAAAUACAUCUGUUGUGUACACCAGUAUGAAUUAAACAUUUAAAAUGCAAUAAUGUAGAAAUGAGUUUAGAUCUGGUUCACUUUCAGCAGUAAUGAACUUUUGUUUUGGGAGAUUUUAAGCCAGGAUUUAUUUUAUUUAUGUGCUCCAGAAAUGCAGACUUUAAUGCAUAAAGUUGACUGUCCACAUGUGGAUCUAUGAUGUGUCUUUUGUUACUCUGUUACUGUCCUGUUUUGGAACAUAUCUGUGAUAAGGUAAAAGAAUGAGGUUGCAGAUAAAUUUGAACUGAACUAAAUUAUAAAAACACAGAUGCAUAAGUCCCUCUAAACUUUUUAGGUUUUAUCCUUCAAGCAUGCAGCAGUGAUGCCCCAGCUACGUUUUUUUGUCCAUAAUUUUCAAGCCUGUUUUUAUAAUGAUGAAAUGUUUGAAUAUAAAGCGUGAGCUCAGACUGCCAUAGUUUGUGAGAUAUGAGUGACAGCCGUGGAGCACAUGAACUUGUGGGCUGCCUGAGAUUGUGUGUAGUGCCUGAUGAAUUUAAAACGAUUAAAGUUGGUCCUUUCUGUGCUUGACAUUUUCUUUACAUUUUUAUUAAAUGUGGAAAUUAUUCUCACAAGCUUGACUUGAGGAAAAAAAACUUUCAAGGGAGCACUAUUAUCUAAUACAGAAACACACUGAAAACAUUUUAUACACACUCCCCUCCAACAGGAUUUGGACAGUGGGGCCAAUUCGUUUAUUUUUAGUGUAGACUGAAAACAUUUGAGUUUGACAUGAAAAAUAAAUACGGGA